CAGAAACGACGGUCUUCGUUAUUCACCUCCUCGGCGACUUCAAUUCGUCAUCUUAGUAGUUAGUACGAUUUCGGAUCUUUACCUCCGAUAUUGUUGUACAAUUACGCUCGUUCAUAUUGCAGCAUAAUUAUAGCAAUAUUGGAAGUGAAGACCCUAAACCAUAUAAUUCAUUGUCAUCUUUUCCGGAUACCCACGAUAUCGCACGUAACCAGGUAAAAAGAAAAGCAGCCAUUGUUACAAUCUCCCGCUCUCUGCCAUCGACUUGUCAACGCGUUGAUUUUACAGAUCGACGUUUGAUGUUCGAAGGUCAACGCAUGCGUGUUACGAUGUCGUUCGAUAGAGAAGAGGAAUGCACGUGGUUGGACGAAUUUGCGACAACAAUGACCGGAUGCGAGAAUGGUUCGAUGACAAGGUACCCUCCCUAGGCCCGCUGUCAUCACGGCGAUUACGUGAUUUGCGAUGCGUUGUGCAACGAAGCGCCAUACGACGCUCCCUUCGACGGGCCCAGUUCGGAGAUGCAUUUUGCGUCGCAAUUAAUGAAGCGAAAAGCGAGACGGAAGAUGGGGCGACGCCAAUGUUCAGUCUGAGGCCUCAGAGCGCCACUACGAGAAAGGAGAUUGAGAUGAUCAACAAAUGCCAACGGGCUGUACACAACACCACCGACUGCAUGGAGAAGCUGCGUCUGCUCUGCUUGGCUAGGGGUGCCAACGGCAUUCUUGGUCUGGGUAGGGCGUUCCGUCGUAUGGACGACGAUGGCAACAAGAAGCUGAAUCUCGAGGAGUUCACGAAAGGCCUGGAGGAAACCGGACUGGAAUUGUCCGAAGAUGAAGUCAACGAGGUCUUUCGAAAAUUCGACACUGACGAAGACGGCAACAUUACCGUCGACGAGUUCAUCGUCGGCAUAAGACCCGAGAUGUCUCAAUGCCGCAAAAAUGUAGUCGAGCAGGCGUUCCAGAAAUUGGACAAGACCGGCGACGGACAGAUCACCAUCGACGACCUGAAGGGGGUCUACAACGUCAAGUGUCACCCGCGUUACAUCAGCGGCGAGGAGAGCGAGGAGAGCAUUUUGAACAAGUUCCUGGCCAACUUCGAGCAGGGCGUCGCGGACGGCAUCGUGACGGAGGAGGAGUUUAUGAAUUACUACAGCGCUAUCAGCGCGAGCAUAGAUCACGACGCUUACUUCGACUUGAUGAUGCGCAACGCUUACAAAUUGUGAAUCUCGAAUCUCCGACAUUUACACUCGGACGACACGACGUCUCAUCCUGCCCCUCUCCGUUCGGCGAUAACCGUCGUGGCUACACCAAACGAAUGUAUAAAUUACUGUCAUUAUUACAUUGUACCCAGCGUGCUUCAGCUUGUAGUUAAAUCCGCACGUAGUCCUGAUUGCAAGUCUAAAAGUGUUACAACACGUUGUCUUUCGAUAAUGAUAAUCGCCAGUCGCCCAAUUAAUUUCGACGAUCGAAUUUAAUAAUGCAUAUAUACAUACACACACACACACGACACCCCUAUAUGUAUACGUGCAAUUCUAUUAAUCAUUAUAAUUCAUCGCAACGCGCGUCCUCGACGAGGGAGAAGAGGCGCGGAAGGAAGAUCGGUCUGAGGAGACUCAUGAAAAAUUUAUUCGCCGACCCGUUGCUACCCCCCCCCCCCCUUUUC